UAAGUCAACUCUCGAACGGAGUUAGGAGGUAUUUCUUGUGUCGCCUUGUGCAUUCAAUGUCGGGUCCGACUGGAGUCUUCUGCGACUGGCUUAUGGUGGCCGUUCUCGCCUAGGGCUGUCCGGGAAGGACAGCCGACAGCGGAGCGCUCGGCAUGGACGGCAGCAGAACCAACACGAACGUCAUUCCUGCGAGAUAACAGAUUCGAUAUAUACUAUCGUGGUUGCCAUCAUGGAAACCCUCGCAGGCAACCAGCCGUUGGCGCGAAUUCAGAACAUCAGAUUCCGGUUAACAAGCGAAGCGCGCGUUUCGAAACAUGAGCCGCCUUGAACAAUCGCCUCCGUCCGGAGAAGCUUCCGAUCUUGAUCUUGAGAAGGCCGAGCAUGGCAACCACCGUGGUUAUGAUGAUGAUCACGAAGACCACGAUGACGACACCUCAAGCACAUUCUCACACCGGCACAUGGAAGGGCCCCCAAGCAUUCGUCGUGCGAACAGUCAGUCCAUAUCACGGACCACAUCGCGCCGGCUAGAGCGGUCGCAGACGACAGCCUCAAUCGCGUUAUCAAAGAUCCGCUCGCGAGUACCCACACAAGGGUUCUCGCAUCCACUGGCGUAUGAGAAGACGAGGCAGGAUGUCAUUGUUGACUUUGACGGCCCAGACGAUCCUUACCGGCCUAUGAACUGGCCUUUCCGGAAGAAGGCGAUCACCACGGUACUGUACGGCCUGACUACGAUGGGUGCAACCUUUUCUUCCAGUGUAUACUCUCCGGCUGUCCAGGAGGUGUCGCAGACGUUCCAUGUGGGGAACGAAGUCAGUACCCUUGGCAUCGCGCUUUUGUUGUUUGGCUUUGGUCUAGGACCAUUGCUUUGGGCACCGCUUUCUGAGGUCUACGGUCGCAAGCCUGCAGUGCUGAUACCAUACUUCAUUGCAAUGAUUUUUGCAUUCUCCGGUGGCGCAGCAAAAGACGUCCAAACCAUCAUGCUCUGCAGGUUUUUCCAAGGCUUGUUCGGCUCCGCUCCUGUCACCAACACCGGAGGCGUUCUUGGUGACAUCUGGAGCGCCGAGCAACGGGGCGCUGCCAUCGUAGGGUACGCAAUGGCCGUGGUCGGCGGACCUACGCUGGGACCGAUUGUGGGUGGCGCAAUCUGCGACUCGUACCUUCGUUGGCGCUGGACACAGUACAUCACUGGCAUACUGAUGGCGUUUGUGCUGGGGCUCGACGUACUAAUACUCGACGAAUCGUACCCGGCCCAGCUUCUCGUCGUCAAGGCCCAGCGGCUCCGCCACUCCACCGGAAACUGGGCACUACACGCCAAGCACGAAGAGUGGGACGUCUCAAUCUCCGAGCUCUCACACAAGUAUCUCAUUCGACCGUUCCAGCUGCUGAUGACGCCUAUAUGUCUGCUGGUCGCGCUGUACGCAAGCUUCGUGUAUGGCAUACUCUACGCAAGUCUAGCGGCCUUCCCAAUCGAGUUCGAAGAGGAGCGUGGCUGGAACAAGCUUGUCGGCUCUCUGCCGUUCCUGGCAGUCCUGCUAGGCGUGAUCAUCGGCGCAGCGGCCAAUUUACUGAACCAGAAGUUCUACAUCAAGCGCUGGAAGGCGAACAAUUGCCGACCAGUACCCGAGGCACGGUUGCCGCCCAUGAUGGGAGGCUCGUUCAUCUUCGUUGCCGGCCUUUUCAUCUUCGCCUGGACCUCUUCACCUAGCAUACCUUGGAUAGCACCGUGCAUCGGCGCUGCAUUGCUGGGUUUAGGGUUUUUCACGAUUUUCCAAGCCGCAUUGAACUAUCUCAUUGAUACGUUUCAACGGUAUGCGGCAUCAGCAGUUGCGGCCAACACCUUCCUCCGAAGCGUCUUCGCCGGUGCAUUCCCACUGUUCAUCACGCCAAUGCUUCACAACCUGGGCAUUGGGUGGGGUAUGAGCAUCUUCGGUUUCAUCGCCAUAUUGUUGGUGCCAAUACCUUACUUGUUCUACAUCUACGGCAAGCGGAUACGGGCAAGAGGGACGUGGUCCAGAGAGAGUGUUAGUGACUAAACUCCUGUAUUCUGUUGCACUAGAUAUUGAGCCACCAUACUCUGAGAGCUUGUCCGCGAGCAAUCGCAUUGUCAGGUGCCAGCAUCUGACCGACUACCAUAAUUGCGCUUUCUGCAAGCACAUUGCGUAACCUACCAGCCUCCCUGCUGGCGCCCUUGUUGCUCACCCUGGUCGUAGGAUUGAUCGACAUUGUUAUCGAAGUUGUUCACGUCGCCUUCGGCGCGGUUCACAUCGCCCUCGACACCGCCUAUCUUUUCUCC